CCACACGGGAGUUUUUAACGCGAAAAUGCAAAUGACGCCUCACUUAGUCAGCCCGCUAACUUAUUGAAUAGUAAGGAAAAUUUAUUAGUUUAAUCUGCCUGCUUGGAAAAUUGUUCAGCAAAGCGGAAUAUUUCUUUAACGCAAUUUCAAGAUCUAAACUUCUGCAACUGCUGCAAACUCUAGCGAAGCUAGACAGAGUUAUGACAAUUGGUUCAAACUGAACGUUUGACAACUAUAUACGUCUCAUAUCUAAGCUGAAGCGUAUGUGUGGUUCGACCGAAUAAUAAUUUAAUAAACUUACAGUAGCUCUUGGGCCUAAUUAUAUCCUUUACCUCGAUAUGUCUGUAAAUAAUGAAAGCGUAAGCGAAGAAAUCUCUCCUAAAACGUACUUCAACGCAAGUUACGAGCCUGCUAUGCUUGAUGCCUUCAGUAAAAUGCGCCUGGGUCAAGAGUCCAAUUUUACUCUGGAAGUUGGGGAUGAAAGUAUAUAUGUUCAUAAAGAGGUACUUGCAACUGCUUCCCCCUAUUUCGCGGCCAUGCUUCAACACGAUCUAAAGGAGAAAGCAGAAGGAAAAGUAACGUUUACUAAUGUUGAGCCGACUGUUAUGAAAGCAAUUGUCGACUAUUUGUAUAGCGGUGAGAUUACAAUUACCGAAGAUAACAUUACGGCCCUUUUUUUUGCAUCAGACUUUCUUCAAAUGGAGUGGAUAAAGGGCAAAUGUGAAAGUUUUUUGAAAGAUGCAGUGAAGCUAACUAAUUGCUUUAAUAUGCGAGAUUUUGCUGAUAAACACUCCAAUAAGAAUCUUUUCGACUAUUGUCACAAUUACAUUUUAAAACACUUUGCUCGUUUAAUUAAUAGUGAGGAGUUGUUAACGUUGACCUUCGAGGAGUUUAAGGCAAUAAUAACAGCGGAUGAUCUCUAUGUACAAUUUGAAGAAAAUGCUUAUCAAGCCGUACUGAACUGGGUAAAGUAUAAUCAAGAGGGGCGACAAAUUCAUUUCGGAGAACUAAUGAGCCACAUCCGUUUACCUCUUCUUGAAACUGAAUUUUUGAAAAAUCACGUUCUUGCUGAACCUUUGGUCAAAAACAAUCAGCUGCGUAAGGAACUCGUGCUAAACGGAGAAAUUAAACGAGAAGAUUCGUCCAACAAUCUAGAAUCUCCAAAAAAGAACAAAAAGCGAUAUGGCGUGCUUCACGUGAUAUUUACCGGUGGCUUUAGUAAUGCUGAUAAUGGUGAUCGUAAAUAUAGUGAUAAUGAAGAAGAUGACACUGCGGCCGAUAACACUGAAGAAAGUGACAUGGAAAUAGGUGAAAAACACAGCAGCUGUAAACUGUAUGAUGUAUACAAUGACAAGGGGUUCACCAUCUCAUCUAUGAAAGAGGAUAGAAUAAGCCAUUCUACAGUUUUCUUCAAAGGUUUUGUUUAUUCUAUGGGUGGACGUGACAAAAGAACAGCAGAACGUUAUGAUCCCAUCACUAACCAGUGGACGCACAUUGCUUCUAUGCACAACGAUCGCCAUUAUUAUGGUGCUUGUGUUUGCAAUGACCUCAUCUACGCGGUCGGUGGAAAUAAUAAUACAACUGUCGAAAACUACGAUCCUAUAACUGACAAGUGGUACAAUUGUCCAGAUACUCCUGCACCAUAUGGCGCGAAUAAUGGCGUGGCAGUCAUUGAAAAUAGUAUUUAUAGCUUGGGAUGUGGCGGGAAUGGAAAAAUGUUGCAUAACCGUUUUGACCCACGCGAAGCUCAAUGGUGUAAUCUUAAUAAUAACAUAAUCGGUAUUGAAUGGUUUGAUGUCGCCUCGCGUGGUUACUCGCUGUACUGUAUUGGGGGAUAUGACGCAGAAAGGCAAUGCCAACGUUUUGAGGCACGUUCUAAUAAAUGGCAAAAAUUGUCAGAUUUGAAUGUUGGAGGACAUGAGCAUAAGGCUUUGAAUAUGGAAGAUGGAAUUUACGUGUUUAUUGGUAAGGAGUCAAUUCUUGAAAGUUAUGAUAUCGAAGAGAAUUCGUGGACUAUAGAGGAGGAAAUGGAUUUUGAACACUGGGAUGGUGGAGCUGCUUCAAUCUAUCACUUACGUAAUUGGUAUAAGAAAGUUUGGACUCCUGGAGUCGCAUGCUAG